UUUCGCAUUUCUUCCUCCCCAAACACGCGCACUUUCUCACCUUUCUCUCUUCUCCGUUUUUCUAACAACACAUUGAAAUUAUAAUUUUUAUUUCAUUAUUUUUUAUAUAUACACAAUUUUGUUUCUCUGAAAAUCCAAAACCAUGAAAUUCGGGAAAAGCCUCAGCAGCCAGAUCGAAAAAACUCUACCUGAAUGGCGCGACAAGUUCCUCUCAUACAAGGAACUCAAGAAGAAGCUCAAGAACUUAGAGCCUUCCGUCGCCGGAGAAGACCGUCCGGCCAAACGUCCUAGGGUUGAUUCCGGCACCGGCGAUUCUGUUGCCGACGCCGGAGAAAUGUCGAAGGAGGAGAGCGGCUUCAGGAACUUGUUGGAGAAUGAACUCGAGAAAUUCAAUAACUUCUUCGUUGAGAAGGAGGAAGAGUACAUUAUCAGGCUCAAGGAGUUGCAAGAUAGGGUGGCCAAAGUGAAGGAUUAUAGUGAAGAGAUGAUGAAAAUUCGCAAGGAAAUUGUGGAUUUCCACGGAGAGAUGGUCUUGUUGGAGAACUACAGUGCCCUCAAUUACACAGGGCUAGUGAAAAUACUUAAAAAGUAUGACAAGAGAACUGGUGCUCUCAUUCGCCUGCCCUUCAUUCAGAAGGUCUUGCAACAACCUUUCUUUACCACUGACAUGCUCUACAAGCUUGUAAAGGAGUGUGAAAUAAUGCUGGACCACCUUUUUCCUGUGAAUGUUCCUCCAGCUUCUGCUGAGAUAACCCCUGAAGCUGAAGGAUGUGACCCUUCAACUUCAACCACAACUGAGAGUGAUGGUUUGCUGAUGCCUAAGGAAUUAGCAGAGAUUGAGUACAUGGAGAGCCUUUAUAUGAAGAGUACCGUUUCAGCUUUGCAUGUUUUGCAGGAAAUUAGAAGUGGAAGCUCGACAGUUAGCAUGUUUUCGUUGCCACCCUUGCACUUAAGUGGAUUGGAAGAAACAUGGAAGAAAGUUCCAGUUUUGGAACAAGCAGCCAAGUAAACUGCUGGGUUAAGUUGAGUGCAAUGCAUGUAGACGGAUGGCUAUUUUCCCCUUUGUUUUGUCUUCUAGAUUGGAAUAUGGACACCUCUGUUAUGCACAGACUUAGAUACUAACAGUGAUGUAAAAUGCUAAAUGUAAAGAUGGAAUUAAUUUUAUAGAAGUAUAGGUUCCAUAUAAUAAAACCUCUGGAAUUCAAACAAGUUAUGUUUUGACAUUUUGCUGAUUCUCGGUAUUCAAUAUGUAAUCUAAUUUAUAUGUUCUGUAUCUGCUUCAUACCAUAGGAUGUAUGUAUUCGGAAAUCAUUUUUAUA